AAACAAUACACACAAAAAUUUUCAAGGAAAAAUAAUAAAUUGCGUGCGACACGCGGAUUUUAUAUUUUUAUAUAAAUAAAAACACAAAAAUCAAUAGAUAAUUAUGGCGGCAAUUGCUGCAGCAAAAGUACAAGAAGUACGUGAAAUAACACGUAUUGAGAGAAUUGGUACUCAUUCUCAUAUACGUGGUUUAGGUUUAGAUGACACUGUUCAACCUCGUCAUGUAUCUCAAGGUAUGGUUGGUCAGCUAAAAGCUCGUAGAGCCUUGGGUAUUUUACUGGAAAUGAUUAAAAUUGGAAAAAUAGCUGGACGUGGUGUUUUGUUGGCUGGACCACCAGGUACUGGUAAAACAGCAAUUGCCAUGGGUUUAGCACAAACACUUGGACAAGAUACACCAUUCACAUCAAUGGCUGCAUCAGAAAUAUUUUCAUUGGAAAUGAGCAAAACUGAGUCAUUAACACAAGCACUUAGAAAAUCAAUUGGUGUACGUAUCAAAGAAGAGACUGAAAUAAUUGAAGGUGAAGUUGUUGAAAUACAAGUUGAUAGACCAGCAACUGGUAGUGGUGUUAAAGUUGGUAAAUUAACAUUAAAAACAACUGAAAUGGAAACAAUAUAUGAUCUUGGUAAUAAAAUGAUUGACAGUUUAAUCAAGGAAAAAGUACAAGCUGGUGAUGUCAUAACAAUUGACAAAGCAACUGGUAAAAUUAAUCGUCUUGGACGUUCAUUUACACGUGCACGUGAUUAUGAUGCAACUGGAUCACAAACGAGAUUUGUACAGUGUCCAGAGGGUGAAUUACAAAAAAGAAAAGAAGUUGUUCAUACAGUGUCAUUGCAUGAAAUUGAUGUUAUCAAUAGUCGUACACAUGGUUUUUUGGCAUUAUUUUCUGGUGACACCGGUGAAAUUAAGCCAGAAGUACGUGAACAAAUUAAUGGCAAAGUUGCUGAAUGGAGAGAAGAAGGAAAAGCCGAAAUAAUACCAGGUGUAUUGUUCAUUGAUGAGGUACACAUGUUGGACAUUGAUUGUUUUUCAUAUUUAAAUUGUGCAUUGGAAAAUGAAAUGGCACCAAUUGUCAUAAUGGCAUCAAACAGACGUGACACACAAGUACGUGGAACAACAUACAAAAGUCCACAUGGUAUACCAUUUGAUUUUCUUGAUAGAAUGAUCAUUGUUCAUACAAGUCAAUACUCAGAUAAAGAUUUAAAAGAAAUCCUGAAAAUAAGAUGUGAAGAGGAAGACUGUGAAAUGUCAGAUGAUGCAUUGAUUGUUUUGACGAGAAUUGCACGUGAAACAUCAUUGAGAUAUGCUAUUCAACUUAUUACUCUGUCAUCAUUGGUAUGUCGUAAAAGAAAAGGUACCGAGGUCAGUGUUCCUGAUGUUCGUAAAGUAUAUGAUCGUUUUUUGGAUGAAAAAAGAUCAACACAAUUUUUAGAUGAAUAUCAAGAUUCUUUCAUGUUUAAUCAACCUGCUGCUGCUGUUGCUGCUACUGAGCAAGAAAUGGAAUGCUCAUAAAUUUUAUCAACAAAAAAAAAAAU